UGCGUCGGCGCGUCACGGCGGGGUGCGUGUGAGGUCAUCGCGCGCGGGCGGGCGGGGUCCGACGGUUUGAACGAGACGAAGACGGAACCGGAGCCGGGCGCGCGGACGGCGGACGCGGGUCCUGAGAGAGCCGAAGAUGGCAGUGAAUGUGUACUCUACGUCAGUCACCAGUGAUAACCUAAGUCGACAUGACAUGCUGGCUUGGAUCAAUGAAUCUCUGCAGUUGAAUCUGACAAAGAUAGAACAGUUGUGUUCAGGGGCUGCAUACUGUCAGUUUAUGGACAUGCUCUUCCCUGGAUCCAUUGCCUUGAAGAAAGUGAAAUUCCAAGCUAAGCUAGAACAUGAAUAUAUCCAGAACUUCAAAAUACUACAAGCAGGCUUCAAGAGGAUGGGCGUUGACAAAAUAAUUCCUGUGGAUAAAUUAGUAAAAGGAAAAUUUCAGGACAAUUUUGAAUUUGUUCAGUGGUUCAAGAAGUUUUUUGAUGCAAAUUAUGAUGGAAAAGAGUAUGAUCCUGUAGCUGCCAGACAAGGUCAAGAAACUGCAGUGGCUCCUUCUCUUGUCGCCCCAGCUUUGAGUAAACCGAAGAAACCUCUUGGCUCCAGUACUGCAGCCCCACAGAGACCCAUUGCAACACAGAGGACUACUGCAGCUCCUAAGGCUGGCCCCGGAAUGGUGCGAAAGAAUCCUGGUGUGGGCAAUGGAGAUGAUGAAGCAGCUGAAUUGAUGCAGCAGGUCAAAGUACUGAAGCUUACUGUUGAAGACUUGGAGAAGGAGAGAGACUUCUACUUCGGAAAGCUAAGGAACAUUGAACUGAUUUGCCAGGAGAACGAGGGGGAAAACGACCCUGUACUGCAGAGGAUUGUAGAUAUUCUUUAUGCCACAGAUGAAGGCUUUGUGAUACCUGAUGAAGGGGGCCCACAGGAGGAACAAGAAGAGUAUUAAGCAGCCUGGACCAGCAGAGCAACAUUCAAGUCUUCACUCCAAAUCAUGUGCUUAACUGUUAAUACUCCCUUUUAUUAAUCUUAGAGGAUUCACUGGUUUCUUUUCAUAAGCAAAAAGUACCUCUUCUUCAAAGUGCACUUUGCAGAAGUCUCACCUUUUCCGAUGAGUUUGAGUUAGGAGCUUUUGCCUUGUAGCAGAGCAGUAUUAACAUCUAGUUGGUUUACCAGGGGAACAAGAGGCCAACCAUGGGGCUCUUCAUGUGGAUGCUGGUCACACUGACUGAUGGAGAAGGGGGGUUAUAAUACAAGAGGUGACAACCUCAGAAAUGCAAAGACUGAAUUGAAUUCUAAGCUAAUGUGAAAUUCUGGCAGAGAACGUUUUAAUAAAUAAAUGCCUUAAGAGUAUUUAAAAUAUGCUUCCAUAUUUCAAAAUAUACAGUGUAACAUGACAGGAGAUUUUAUGUGUCUGACAUUAUGUCUGGGAAGGAAGGAAGGGCAGACUUUAGACCCUUUGGAACCUGCUGUUGUAGGCCUUUCAAGGCUGCUUGAAUCUUAUAGAUGUCGACUUUGGCCCAGAAGUAAAGUUUGAAAAGUUCUGUAAAACCAUUUUGUGUCAUUGACCAGUUGCACCCCUGCUCUAAAAGCAAGCAGCAUGGUUGCUUGGGUGACUAGAGGGGCGAAGAGCUCAGCUUCCCAUCGAGCAGUCCUCUGGAUCUUUUCAAACUCUCUCAAGUUCCUCUGUAUUGUGUUUCUGGGACCUGCCCACGUCUCUGGGAUUUGAAUGGGGGUGGAGUCCCAGCACACUGUCUUUUAAGUUUACAGUUACACGUUCUCUUUCUGCUCCCUGUGACCUCUGGAAACUCCUCUGGCUCCUUAAGUUUGCUGCUGAGCAUUGUAAUUACAGCAGGCAGGUGAUCGAGCUGCAAGUUCUUGCUGGACCUCUGGCAAAGGAGUGAUCAGUGAAGGCCAGUGUCACCUUGGCUCUGUGAGGCUAGGGUGCUCGCUGUCUGCUGGUCACUGCUCCCCAUUGUCACCUGAGUACUUUGCCAGUGCACUAAUCUCUUGGAGAUAAAAUUCUCUAGUGUGUUACUAAAUGUUAAAAUGUUUUUUUUUUUUUAAAGAAUAUACAGUACCGUGACUGAAAUAUUAAUAUUUAAAAUACUUCAUUCCUUAAUUCUCCCUCAUUUGCUUUACCCACAGCCUAUUCAAUUCCUUUGUUUGGCAAACUCUGCAAAAUGUGUUACCCACUACUGAGAUUGUUCAGCCCCUGAUGUGUUUGUAUUGAUUUGUUUCUGGUGGUAGCUUGUCUUAUGCUGUGUGUAGAAAACAGGUAUUUUAUGACAGAAUGUUAUGUAGUGCAUGCUCUGUGGAAUUCAGAGGAAAAUCCAGGCUCAGUGAUUAACAAUGCCAAAAAAGAAAAAAAAACAAAACAAAAACAAAAAGCAAGUAACGAGCCAUUGUUCAAACAACAGCGGUGCUGUUUCUCCUCUGUGGCCUUUCAGACUUCUGUUGCCCCCAAAUUCCAUUUUAUUGGGAACCCAUUUUCCACCUGGUCUUUCUUGACAGGGUUUUUUUCUACUUUAAACAGUUUUUAAAUAAAAUUCUGUAUUUCAAGAGUGUCCUGUCUUCUGAAAUGUGUCUUGCCUUGGGUAUAAGCUUUUAAUUCUAGAGGUAAGAUAGCUAUGCAUCCAUCUUUGGCUGAGCUUAGACAGAGGCUGAGAAAUGAUUCCCACCGUCUUAAGUAGGACUAAUCUUUAAAACCCCUCACUUUUCUCAAGCUAACUAACCUGGCUCUCCCUUCCUCUAUCCUCCUUUCUCCUUCUCCCUUCCUUCCUCCUUUUCCUCUUCCUCCCUCCUUUUGGUUUUUGCGACAGGGCUUUUAGUAUUGUUGUCCUGAUUGGCCUCAUAUUUGUCACAGUCCUCCUUCCUCAUUCUCUUGAAAGAUUAUGUGUGUGUGCCAUUGUGCCUGGCUUAAAAUCGAUUAUUUUGAAUUCUUUUUUUUUUUUUUAAAUCACAUUACAUUUUUCAGUUUUCUACUGCUUUAAAUUUCUGUUACCCUGAGAAGGUUUUUCUCACAGAAACAGAAAGCCUGACCUAGUUGCUUAAGGCUCUUAGGAAUGUAGCUGGCCGGUGUUUGGCAGAUGAUUUAAUUGGAGGUAAUUGUUUCAUUGUCCUGAAAAUGCAUUUACAAAGUCAGUUAGUACAUUCUUAAACUGGAGAGUAAAGUUGUUGCUUCUUAAAACUGUUCUAUAAAGUCCUACACCUUUGAAAAUGAGUUGAAAAUAUGAUCCUCUCCUGUUGUUGUGUCUUGAAAUGUUAGACAGACAGAAAGGUAAUUUAUCUGACCUUGAGAGUACCAUGUACAGUACUCUGGCUGUUGUGCAAGUCUUGAGAGUACCAUGUACAGUACUCUGGCUGUUGUGGAAGUGGAACUUAGUGAUUUUUGUGAAGUUUAUAUUCUGCUGCCCCUGGAGGUUGAUGGCAUGAUUCAAUCCAGAAUCAUUACCAGUUUGGGGAAUAAUUUGGCACCAUCUGCAUUCAUCAUCUUUAAGAAGAAACCCUGAAGGGAUGUAUGUUGUGUGCUGUUAGCUGAGAAGUUAUUAGGUAAGAGGUGAAGUGGAGACUGUAUCCAUUGACCUGGCUUAGCUGUAUAAAGCCUUAAUGUGACUAAUUCAGGUUAGGGGGAUGGUGCACCCUGAAUGUGCUGUUUGGCGAGGUCUGUGGUAUGUAGAGGAACAGGCUACUGCAGAUAGGUUUGGAUUCAGGAUAGGUUCUUCAGGCCAAAUUGAUGGGAUUGCUUCCCAAUUUCUUGGGAGAUUGUUUGGUGUAGAAUGUUUAGAAGUUCAUUCCCAGAAGUUCUUUUUGUUUGUUUGUUUGUUUUUUGUUUUUGUUUUUUGAGACAGGGUUUCUCUGUGUAGCCCUGGCUGUCCUGGAACUCACUCUGUAGACCAGGCUGGCCUCGAACUCAGAAAUCCACCUGCCUCUGCCUCCCAAGUGCUGGGAUUAAAGGCGUGCGCCACCACUGCCCAGCCCUGGAAGUUCUUGAGUUGGGAGAUUAUGAAUCUGCAUUUUAAUAUGCCCCUUAGGUGGCCUAGACCUGGGCCCUGCCUAGAUGAAACUUUAAGUCUUAGUGUGUCAGUGAGACAUCAGAUGUGAGGGUUCUAAUCCACCUCUUACUUUGUUUUAUUUGUUUUUUUCUUGUUUGCAAAUCAAGGGCUCUGAUAUUGGCUGAAGGGCCUCCCACUCUGCAUGUUUUUUAGAAUCAGAGGAAACUAAAAGGCCAAGUGCAGAAACUGUUGUCUGGAAACAGGAGACAUUAUUUCAUGGCCAGAAGUUGUUAUAGAUUAGAAAAAAACAUAGAACAUGUUUUUUAUGCCCUAAAAAUUCAGGGCACGACUUUGGGUAUUUUGGAAGUGAAGUGCUGAGUUCUUCAUUGGCUCUCUCUCAGCUUGGUGGUUGGUGGCAUCUAGCUCCUCUGUGUUCAGGCAACUUUCAUCCUGCUGUUCCCAGGUGAAGGGCUAAACACAUUCUGGGUUUCGUGCAAAUGAGGAAUUGUUGACUCCCAGUUCACUGGCUUUAAAAAGACCAUCCAUGAUUCAAGAGUUGUCCUCUAGGAUGUAAAGUGAGGACAGAAGCAAUUUUCUUUUGCUGUGACCAUGGGUCUCCUCAGGGGAGCUUUCCUUUAAAGUUUACAGCAGUGUCAGUGUGACGAGCCUUUUGGGUGAUUUCCCCCUAAUUCAUGGUUUGCUUAGCUCACAAAUCAGGCCGUGGGCUUUAAGCCUGCCAAGCCUGGCCAGAUUAGCUUGCUAGUGUGUGUGUGACCCAAAUCUCACUGUUGUCAGCAGGGAGAGCAAAAGGAAGUGCUCUCAGCCAAGCUAAACGAUAGCUUGUGAUCAUUGUUAUUUUUCUGUUCUGUUACUUUCUGUGAGUGAUGAUGUCAUCAUACCUUUGAACUCUUCAUAGGUCAUAAAAUUUCAAAACUGAACACCAUGAUAUUUAUGUAUCUUCAUUAUGUUCACUGCCUCUAGAUAGUGUUUGAGUUGUGCUCUAACUAGGUAGGUAGGAUUUUCUCAAAGACCAGGAGGGUUCUGUGCUUUUACUGAACUGAUUGACCCUUGACCUAGAUGGCUUUAGUGCUGCCUGGUUGUAACUUGUGAAGGUCAAUGUUUUUCUCUCCUCUUUGAUUUAAUGUUCUUGUAGCUUAGGGGCUUUCUGGUCACAUUGUUGCCAGGUAGCUUCAUUAACUUGAUUGUCUAGGUGAGUGGGUCUAACCUUAGAGACAUAUUUCUAAUCUCCUUAAUCCAGAGCCUUAAAUCUUGUUGUUUUGAGGCAGAGUCUCAUCUAUUCCAGACUGGCCUUGAACCCACUAUGUAUAUUCUAGGUAUAUACCAUGCCCAACAUCAAACCUAGGCCUUCAUAUCUGCUGAGCAAAUAUCAGCCAAGCCACAUAUUUAGUUAGCCCCACAAGUGUUGUUUUAUUUUGAAAAAUUGUAACUGCUUUUGAGGAUGAUAAGCUAUGUGGUUUAUUUAUUUUAUUUUAUUUUUAUACAGACAGGUAUAGAUGCCAAGUUUGUGUCACCUCACACCUCAGUAAUUUAUUUCAUUUUUGAGAGGGUUUCACUAUGUGGCUCUGGCUGACCUGGAACUUGGCAUGCAGAUUAGGCUGGUCUGGAGCUCACAAGUACUGGGAUUACAGGUGUGCACCAUCAUUCCUGGCUUGCAUGUUAAAGAUUUUGGCAUUGGUGUUGCCGAAUGUGAAUGAAGACGUGUCUGUGAGGGUCUGGGUCUGCUGUGGCUCCUGCCUGCCUGAGGGCCCUUUUGGUGAUCAGCAUGCCCUUGGAUGAGAUCAUAUUUUCAAAAGUAUUCUCUAGGUUGUAAUAUCUGAAUCCUUUUCAGGUUGGCUUUGAACUUUUUCUGAAUCACUGUGCUGAGACUUAUCUAGAUUUUCCUUCUAUAUGCUUUCCCACAUAAAAAAAACCAAAAAAAAAACAAAAAACAAAAAAGCUUGUUAUUGAUUAUAUUUUGACUCUUCUGAACUUUUUCCUAAAAUGAUUACACUGUAACCAAGUCCAUUUCUCCUCCCACCCAGUUUCUUCCAGAGAAGGAGGAAAUUAUGUCCUAGCACAUUUUAGCUAUGUUAAAUACCGAUAGUUUAGUCAGUGAAAAUAGGAUAUAAUUUUUAAAAACCCUACCAUUAAGUUAGUGUGUGUCAUGGGAAAAUUAGAAACAGUCAUAAAAAUCAACUUUCUGUAGGAGUAAAACCAAAAAAAAAAAAAAA